AAUUACAAAAUAAGUAUGAGCUGAGUUAAAAUUAACGGGGUAUUGUCACUGAAAAUGAGCCAGCAGCUGUCUGGUAACACAAUAAAACCAUGUGAGAACUUGACAGGGAGGAAUCCAUACGAUGAGGACUUGGCAGAGUGAAAUGUAGACGCAGCAGGGAUGGGCAGGGCCCAGCUAAAUCGCCUGAAAGAAAAACAUGUAUAAACAAGACGUUUUGGGAUUGUGAGCAAACAAAUCUGAGCUUUAAUGCUGCUGAGUAACAGGUAAGUCAGUGCGGAUUUAGGGUGUCAGAGUGAGGAUUUUCAGCCUUUUAUUGAACAGCUCGCCUUUUUUCUCUCGUUUUUUUUGUACGAGCGUUGCAAGUCAAAAAUUGAACCAGAGCGCUUCUUGGACACGCAAGUGUUUAGCUGUGGUUGGACCUGGUGUCCCGGCUCGGGAACACGGAGUUUAAUUCUCAGAGGCCUGAGUAACUUGUGGAAUUCAGAUCUGCAGGAGAUAAAUAAGCAGCAGUGGCGCCACCAAGGGGGGACCAAAGAGGGCAGGGAGCACUCCUACAGGUUUACUGGACAACCUCCAACUCCGGCAACGCUGUCGUAUAGAAAUAUAUUUAUUAGAAAUUAGCAGCGAUCGUUCUAGCAGCAUGAUGGCUUUCUGGGUGAGCACCAUAUUACUUUUACCGCCUUGCACAUGUAAACACACAACCACAUAACAUAAAACUCAUUUUGUAAAUGAUGUAACAUUAGAAACACUACAAAAUACUUUUUGAUUCUAUUUUAAUUGGGAUAAAUUUUCAAUAACAGGUGGUCAAAAAGAGUUAAUGCUGUAUAAAAACAUAGAUUUCAAAAAAGCCUUUUAAUUUGUUGAUGCACAACCUACAAAUCAGAUGCAAACGUUAGCGUUACCAACCACCGGACUAAACAUGCGGAUAAGCCGUAGCCAAGUUGUUCAGGUGAAACUGAAAGAAAACCUUUUUUUUUAGUUUCUAUCCCAUGGCUCCCCCAGCUACAAUAAAUUUGAACAUUGCAUUUUGUUAUUAUUAUUAUUAUUAUUAUUACUAUUACUGUUUUAUGUAUCUUAUUUUUUGGAAUGAGCAAACUUAAGAUUCUAAAAUCAAAACAGCUCAUGUUGUUAUAAACUUAAUUACAACCCCGCCCCCCCCAAUAAAAUACGAGUCAUUGUGUUGUUUAAAAAAAAAAAAAAAUCAUAAGGAGAAUCAAGAUGUUUUCAAUGAAAUCUAUAUUUUCACCGUAGUAUCAUGGCUACUAAAAUAAAAUGAAAUAAAAACUACUGAAAUAAUGCAAUAAUUUUUUUUUUUUUUAUCCUCUGUGCCAUCCCAAGAUUUUAAGCUGCUCACAACUGACCAUUAAAUUCAAAAUUUCUAUAAGCGCCCCUGGAAAGCAGGCUGCUUCUAAACUAUGAAGGCUAAUUCUGCUUUCCCAGGUUUCUCUUAUGCGCGUCGGGAGUUCACUUUGACCAGAACCCAAUUUACUCCCACACCAACAUGCGCCAAUGAACUGCUCUCCCUCUCCCUCCCUCUCUCUCAGCAUCGAGUUUGCAGUUAAAUAAACUGUAAAUUUUAAAGCAGGCCAGAAAAAUAGUUCCUUAAAAGCUCCCUUCGCGUCUGCACGAGCAUGCUCCGAGUAAAUAGCAGGUGAAGUGUCACUCCUGCAUUUGAGAUGUGUGCAGCCAUGAGACGGAACUUGACACUGCAGGCGCACGGAGCGCGGAGAUCAGGUUAGAAACAUGCACCGCAACAGAACAUCUCCAAAUCGCAUUCCGCAUACUGAAAUCUAAUCCGAGGACAUCAGGAUGUGUGACAUAAUCCUCAAGACAUCUGAAAACUUCGCUCCUCCAAACAAGGCUCCAGGGGUGGCUUGGAGAGAAAUGCGGACCUCUGUUACUCACUGUUUGCGCUCGCAUGGGUCUAUAAAAGAGGGGGCGGACACCAACUACCCCCCCAAACGUCAGAGCGCAUUGAACUAUAAAUCUUUCCAAACAGCCCCUCUGCGCCUGGCGCGGUGCUGUGCGCAGACAUCUGCCUUGCUUUAGUCCAAUAUGAGGACGACGCGUGUGGAGACCUCUGCGUAAACACAGAGUGACUUGGAGGAAGUGGAAAACAUUUAUCUGAAUAUCUGUUGUUUACUAUGGCGAGAUUGGUGGGAAAUACCGGAGAUUCUGGACACAGUACAAUUGAGCUGUUUUACCAAGAGGCAGAUGAGCGGUAACAACGCACCUCUGGGGCUUUUCUAGUUUGUUGGACACUCUGAUGUCUUCAUUGGACUCCUUUCGAUCGGAGAUGGUGGAGCUCUCUCGGAUUUCCAGAGUGGAAACGUAGCAUCCAAUUAAUCAGCGACUGCAACUGUACUCCGUGAGGCGCAGAGGCACUUUGGUCCGCCGUCUUCAGAGACGCAUGGUUUAUUCAGUGCACUGGGUCGGAAUACGGAGAACAAAUCUGGCACAACAGAGCGACCUUUUCCUUCUGUACUUGGACUAAUAUUGGUUUAAGGGAAUUCUCCUUUUGGAGAUUCUGACAUGAUUUACGCAGCUAAGUCAGCUGGGGACACUCCAGGAGUUGCGCUUUCUGUUUGGAUUUUACUAUAAACUACCAAGAAAAUAUUAGGUCUGCAUGGGCCAUAUGUAAGCUUUCAUCAUAGGAACUGAGUCUAAGAUGAAGUUAUGGGAUGUUCUGGCCACGUGUUUCUUGCUCCUGACCUCUGUCGCUACACGGCCUCUCUACCAAAACACUCAGCAAGCCAAGAGGACUCGCUUCCCCAGCAGCUACCGUGAUUCUGGGUCUCUGUCUGUGGAAGAGGAAGAGCCACUGUUCCAGCGUGAAGAGCACAAGCUUCAGGAGAUCUCCAUGGAAGAUCAGUAUGACAUAGCAGCUCCCUAUCCAGACCAGUUUGAGGACGUGAUGGAUUUUAUCGAGGCUACCAUCGGCAGACUCCGAAGGUCAUCGGAAACUAGCGGGAACGCCGCAGGACGACGGGAGCAGAGACAGAGAGGAGCAGCAAACACAAAAGUCACGAGAGAAGAGAGGAGAGGGCAUGGGGGGAAGAAGAAGGGUAGAGGCCGAGGAGGAGGCCGAGGAGGCAAGGGAGGCGGAGCGGAGAGAGAAAAGGACAGGAUAUCUGUACAGAGUCGUGGUUGCUUACUAAAGGAGGUCCAUCUCAAUGUGACGGAUUUGGGGCUAGGGUACCAGACCAAGGAGGAGCUGAUCUUCCGGUACUGUAGUGGGCCCUGCAUUGAGGCGGAGACCAACUACGACAAGAUCCUGAACAACCUCACACACAACAAAAAGCUGGACAAGGACACACCCUCACGCACCUGCUGUCGACCGAUCGCCUUCGACGACGAUCUGUCUUUUUUGGACGACGACGUGGUGUAUCACACUCUGAAAAAGCACUCGGCCCGGAAGUGUGCCUGCGUCUGAGGAAGUCACGACGAAAUCCCGCAGCGGACUUUGGAUCAUCUCAGCAGAUGCUGCGCACGGAGGGACUGCAGUCAGACGUGUGCUCUGGAGGGCAGGGUGUGUAGUCUCUUAUUUUUGUCAGCUGAUAUCAAGACGGGUCAAAGUGGAUUACAGCGAGAGCUCGUGAGAGACAAUGGAACAGCCGCUAAAGAAACAAACUCACAUAUAAUCCUCGAGAUUGUGCGCAGAGGUACCAGUUUACAGCAGAUUAAAUACUGUUACACUUACAGAAUGCUGUCAAAACAGAAGGUGAAGAAAAACUGAUCUUGCAAGGAGGAUUUAAUUUCCCAGGAAUUCAGUUUUUCCUUAGCUGGCUGUCUCCAGAUGAGUGCAGAGAGUUGAGGGACCUCUCUCAGUUGUAGUCUAAAUCACCUCCCCUGUAUAGUCUUGAUGUUGACAUUCAGAGCCAAGGAAAACACACCAAGGUGCAGAAAAGACUGGUGGAAUGCAUCUGCAUAAGAAAAGCAAUCAACAUACAGCAAUCAUAUAUAAGAGGUUUGUGUAAGAGGUAUAUUUAUUGAGAUGGAAUUAACUUAUUGUUAUUUAUUUCAAUCCAUAUUAUGAAAGAAAAAGCUGUUUUUUUCUUCUUCUUCUAUUUAUUAAAUUGUUUCAUUUGUUCUGGACAGUGCCAAAGUAGAGAGUUUUCCCAUGCAAAAUAUUUCAGGAUUUGCUCAAAACUGCUAAGCUUUCCCAGACAUCUUGGAAAAGCUUUUUGUUUGUUUGUUUGUUUGUUUGUUUUUUUGCUUUGUCAUUUAAAUUCCAGCUAUAUUUAACCAUCCAAAUGGUGGUUAUUCAACAUAAAGGCAACAUGCAGAGACAGAGGAGGGGACCAGUAGAUGAGUUAUGGUAGAAACGAUUGGUUGAUUUUUAGCAUUUCGAGACAGCGGUGUAGUUUCCAUCGUUUUUCACUUAAUGUGACCGCUCUUUGACAUGGGAAACAUUGUCUCUCUCCUCACAUACCUCGACUUCUACAUUAAAAUCAUCCAUUCUUUAUACUCUGUUUCUAUAGAGACACAUCAUAAACAACACUCUUUUGGUAUGAAUGUUGUUACUGCAGGAACAAGGCUCAAAGUUUUCUAUUUCUUAGUAUCAGUGAGUUGACUGAAGCAAAAAAAAAAAAAACUCGAAAGGAAACAAUGUUAACUCGUGGGCUGCGAGAGUAGAUGGCUAAACCUCAGCGAGCUGCGGUCAGUUCACGACUUUGUUAUUUCACAACUUUUGCAAUUGAAAUCGAGUCCUACAAGAUUGAAUUCAGAUCCGGAACGUCGCUGAGUCACAAUUUGCAUGCUGUAGCAACAUGUUUACUGAAGGAGUUUUUAUGGUAUGUUUGUGUGACUUAUUUAAUUGGAUGAAAAUCAUCAAAGGUGCAAAUUAAAUGAUUGUCAUUAAGUUUUAUAAGCUGUUGAAAACUUUGAAUUUCCCCACAUUAAGUCCCAGCUUCCAGGCACUUUUCAGUUACUUUCGCAACCUUCUGGAACCCAUGAAACACAUAAUUAAAACAGCAUUCUGCAAUUCAACCUGCUAAGUGGCACCAAUGGACGUGAAGCGUUUUCUUUUCUAGGUUUAUAUAACAAAACAACAGAUCUAAUCAAGUUGAAUUGUGCUAUUAGGCUGUUCCGAUCUAUCUGGAUGAGAGGUGUUCAAGUUAUGGCCCCGGGGACAUUUGCAGUACAUGAACACAAAUCAAGAGACGUACGACGCCGAUGCAGAUAAGCUCUUAAAUAUAAUAAUAAAUAUAAUAUAUGACAAGAAGAUAAAUAAAUUGGAAAAUGCAACCUAUGAUAUAAGGAUUGUGCCUUUUCCCAUGUCUAUUUUUUCCCCCUGUCAUUUAAAUUCCAUAAUAAAUACAACCAUCAAUUAAAUUCCAUUCAUAGUAUUAGUGCAUCGUUGUAUGUGGAUUAACUAAAAACCACAACACCUUUUGGAUCAAAUGAGAUGACAUUAUGGAAACCGGGGGAGCCGUUUCCACGAGGAGCUUUAAAACAUCCAUGCCGAUUUGCCGAUCAGCAAAGGUUAUCCUAAACCUCAGGCUGCCUGUGCGUUGGGCCUAAGCGGUGGCUGAUGAGCUUCAGUCUCCGUUAGUGUGCCCGCGUUUCUGUCCGCGCCCUAACUGGCAGCUCUUAUUCCCUCAAAGGGAACUUGAAAGUGAUCCUCUGAUGUGAGUCUUAACUGCGUAUCCCCUCCGGCAAAGACAAUUUAAGGAAGACCUAGCUACUGUAGCGGCUGUUGUCAAGCAGUUGCUGUAAGUGUCAGAAGACUAGACGUUCGGACAAUAGAGUGUGUUUUGGAAAAAUCUGGCGUGAGGACAAUGGGUCUGCUCUGCAUGCUCUCUGCACGUAGCAACUUGUAAAGAAAUAAUUUCUCCAACUAAAACCACGACGUAUAUGAAGGAAAGGAGCUGCUCCCCCCUUUAAGGGGAGGGCGGUCAUUAUAAGUGGAACAAAGAGAGCCCUCGUGUAGGUCUUGAUGUUAGCACGGAUUAGGGACCAAGGUAUCUGUGCCCACCCAGCAGCAAGCAGGCCAGCUUUACUGUGUAAUCCCCCUUGCACAGAACAAAUCCACUGCAUCAGGCUGAAUUUAGGCCAAGCACUAAACACAAAUAAUGAUAA